AUGCGUCCCGAGUACCGCGGUGACUUGAUGAGUACACCGCUGGCAUUCUACGCUUUGUUCUUGGCUUGUACCCAAUACAUUGCUGUUCUUCUGCUCCGCACAUUGCCCUCGCUCGAUGUUCAAUGCUCGAUGCUCGAUAUUCGAUGUUCGAUGUUCGAUGUUCAAUGUUCAAUGUUCAAUGUUCAAUGUUCGAUGUUUGAUGUUUGA